AUGUCACAGUUUCAUAAUAUACCUCAAUCAAAUGGUCCCCCUCCAACUCAUAUACAAGGACCUCCACCGCCACCACAACAUGUCAUAACCAAUUCGUUUAGCAAUAACCAGCAACAACAACAUCAACAGAUACACUCUGCAACUUCCACAGGUUUAUUAAAAGUCAGUAAUUUGCCAUCCGACUUAACUAGAAGAGAAGCAGCAUUGAUUUUUUCAUUAGUCAUUGACGAGAUGUUGAGUAUCGAAAUGAAGGAUUUUUGCAUAUACGCAGUGUUUAAAAACAUCAAUACUUGUAUUACAACUGGAAAAUUACUCGACGGCAAAUAUAUAUUUGGGAAUGAUUAUCCUCCAAUCAAGGUGGAAUAUGAAAGUAACACACUAACAAGUUCACCGACUACCAUGUCUUCGACUCAAGCUGCAUUUAAUUCAUUAAGGUUAUCUACAUCAUCUGCAUCUAAUAUUUCUCCACCAAGCAUUACUCAUCAACAAUUGCAUCAUCAAAAUUCAAACAGUUCUAUUGGAAAUGGAAGUUCGGGCCCAAAUCCAAGUAAUACUUUUGACAUGCUUCCCAAAAGACAAUCUAUUGGAAACCCACGUUCCAGAUUUGUGUUUAGUGAUCCAUUUUCUCAUGAACAACAACAACAACAUCAGCAACAACAACAACAGCAGCAGCAGCAACAACAGCAACAGCAACAGCAAGGACCAAACCAGAACCAACAGCAACAACAGAUUCCGCAACCAUCUAUGCCUCACCUGCAAGCACAGGGUCCACCUAUGCUUCAUCAUCGUCUAAGUUCUGGACCACCAUCCACGGGACCUACACCUAUGGAUUUAUCUGAAUUAAGUGGCAAAUCCAUUUUAUUAAUGGAGUCUCAAAAUGAUGCUAGAGAAUAUGAAAAUUUGGUUAGAGAUUCUUGGGACCCUACCCAUACCAAUACAGGUAUUCCUUUGUUGUCAUCCAAUCCACAAACCCCUGGUGUCAAUUCAAGUAUUGAUUGGAAUAAUCCUUCAAAUGGGUUGAAUGGAUCAAAUCAACCAACAGAUCGUCGCAGAGCAUCCUCUGCAUUUUUCAAUACUGCACCUGCUUUACAUACGAUGACAUCAGAGCAAGCAAACCCACAAGUUUCACAACAGGGUCCAACUGCAGCUGGUAUAAGAAAUGCAUUACAACAUCCAGAGCAUCAACAGCAACAACAACAACAACAACCACCGCAACAACAGCAACUGCAACAACCACCUCAACAACAUCAGCUCCCACAAGAACAGCAGAAAAUUUUGCAACCACAACAACUUCAGGACCAAUCACAAGAGAAGCAAACUCAUCCCCAAUCACAGCUGCAUAAUCAACCGAAUAAUAUUCACCAUGUGUCACCGCCAUCUUCCUCGACUGUCCUUCAACAACAACAACCACAACCCAAGUCAACGUCUACAUCUACCCCAACACAACAAUCCACUACUAGUCCACCUUCUCAUAGAAACUCUACUACUUCGAAAGACAUUCCUGAUUUGUCAUUGUUGGCUAGAGUACCACCACCUGCUAAUCCGGCUGAUCAAAAUCCUCCUUGUAACACAUUAUAUGUUGGUAAUUUGCCUCCAGAUGCCACCGAGGCAGAACUUCGUACUUUGUUUUCCCCACAAAAAGGGUUCAGAAGACUUUCUUUUAGAACCAAAAACCAAUCGUCUACAAACGGAUCUGGGUCAACCAGUCAUAACCAUGGUCCAAUGUGUUUUGUUGAAUUUGAAGAUGUUGCACAUGCAACUAGAGCAUUGGCAGAGUUGUAUGGAAGUGCAUUGCCAAGACCUAAUGGUGGAAAUGGCAAAGGAGGCAUUAGAUUGUCUUUUUCAAAGAAUCCAUUGGGUGUUAGAGGACCAGGAAAUCCAAGGAGAACAUCUACAAACCCAUUACCAAACGGGUCUUCCCAAGCUCAAAAUCAACAACAACCUGCUCAACAAUCACAAGGAGGAAACUAUGGAUACCUGAACUAUCAUCAAAAAUAA